CUCAGCAAGCGGUCGUCCAUCGUGGGCCGCCGAUACCCGAGUGUGUCGAGGGUCGAUGCGGCCAGUUCCUCUGUCGAUGGAUGGAUGAGAUUCGUGCACUACACACCCUCUUUUCAUCCUUGCAAUUGAUUACCACUUCGUAGAACCGCCCCCGCUCUGAGAUCAUCAGAGGCACGAUGACUUGAAUGAGCGAGGCGGCAUAUAUCCAGCCCCUAUUCAUCAACACUCGCCGCCCGCGAUGAUGGCUUCAUCUUCGUCGUCAUUAUCAGCGGCAGCGGCUGCGUCUGCAAGCUCAUCCUCUUCUCGUCGUCCAUCUUUCCCUUUUUCAUCAGACUCGGCCUCAGCCUCGUCGUCAUCAUCUCGUCGACGAAGCAAAGCCGCAAUGCCCAACAAGCGCAGCCUUAUGUCGCGCUUCAGCAGCAGCACGACGCAACAGGCAUCAUCCAGUGGGCAGGAGGAUGGCACCGAGGCAGAUGAUAGCAUAGAUGCUGGGUUGUGGGACAAAAACGAGGCUGCCUUCUUGCAAGAGUCUAGCCCAUAUCUUUCACAAAGCGGAAGCCGGCCAUCAUCCACUUGGACGUCUUCGAGCGGUGGAGGAGGAGACGUAUUCGCAGCAGUUGCUCCCACCAACGUCGUACUUUCCCCGACAUCGCCCCUCGAAGAGCUGAGAGGGAGCGUCAUCGUAUCCUCGCCGCCGCCGCCGCCGCCGCCUCCUUCCUUCUCGACCGGCGCAGCAAUGGGUGCUACCCUCUCCCCUUCCUCCCUGGACCCUCACAACUCCCGCCUAUCAAUGGCUUCGAGCAGCUCGCGCAAGUCUAGCUCGCGACGCCUUGACUCGUCCGGGUUCAGUGACGCAGGCACAUCUUUGACUUAUCCGACGACGAUCUCGUCCGACUCAUUUGAGAGACCACGCAGGGCGCCCAAGAUAGCCCCACCGACGAGGCGAAGCGCAGACGUGGCUACAGUCGCCUCUAUGCCAACGCAAUGGCGUGCGACAACAACGGCAGCUCAUACUCAAGACUCUCCCACUAUCACAGAAACGGUAGCAUUUGGAACAUCACCCAUGAGCGAGCCAGCGCCACCUGAAGUGCAGCAAGCUGGCUUUAUGUUGGACGGAAUGAUGCUACAGCGCGAUUCAUUCGAUAGCGAGGCAGAGGGUACCGAGGACGAUGAGGAAGGAAAGAAGGCGACUGAAAGCUCCUUGCAGCCUCCGACAAUGUCGCGUACGAUGUUUCCGCAGACGCCUACGAUGGAUCGAGAGGAGGAGAGUUGGCUUGACUACAGGCGAGAGGAGGGAGAAGAGGGGCAAUUCGUGGUGCAGGGCGAAGAGGAUGCAGAUGUGACGGCGACUCCUGCCAGUCUACCACGAUCGAACGCUAUCCCACCGACGUUGGCCGACUCUUGGGCUGAUCCUUACGAAGGCGAUCAUCACGACGACGACGGACGAUGGCACGACUCGCAUCCGUAUCGCGUCAUGGAGGUCGAGAGGUACAGCGGCGGCGGUGCCAGCCCGAGUGGCUCAGAAGAGGAGAGGCGACGCAAGGCCGAAUGGGCUAACAUGAUGGAAAAGAGCGGUCUCGUCGGACUGUCCAAGUCGCCUCGUUCGAAGCGGGUGGAUAUGGGUACGCUGCUCAAGGCCAGAAAGUCGCGCGAACCCUUGCCCAGCUACAGCACCAGCAGCGACGCCGAGCUCCUCAAGACGCCGCCCCUCCCUGCGACGAUCCCUGCCUCUUCCUCCUCACCUAGCCUCGUUGGAGGAAUCAAGAAGUUGUUGAAGGGCAAGAAGAAUCGAGGCAAGGUGACGCCAUCCCCACAGAGCAGCCCGAUGGCGCUCGCGCCGGACACGCCCGGGAAGAGGGAGCUGGUGGCCGCGGUUCUGCCCGGGUCAUCGUCGAGGAAAGGUAGUGCAGGGUCCCUCUCCCUACAUGGCGGGCUAGGGUCGUCCUCCGACAUCAGCAGCUUCGCCAUGUCACCGGCUGGGUCGCGAAGACCAUCUGAAGCUGCAUCCGGCGUUGGAGCGUCUGCUGGACUACUGAGCCUCCGACGCGACUCACAGUCGGCAACUAUGUCUCCCUCUCCUUCUGCAACGGGACCAUACCGUCGCGCUCAUCCACCCCCAUCUAGCUCUCGAGCCCUAGCGAAAAUGAUGGCAAGCGCCACAUCCCCUCCCAGCAUCGGUCGGCGAGGCUCCUCCACCGUGGGCCAAGCUUACUCGCAAGACGCGAGCUCCGACCCUCGCCGCCCCUCUCUCAUCUCGCAAGAAGGGCAACGCGAUCCAGGUACCCUUCGCCGGAUGCUAAGCGGCGGGAGCAACAGCAGUAUGCGCAGCGGGCGAAGGAGGAGCAGAACGGGCAGUGCCGGUGGGGUGAGCGUGAUUGAGCAUAUAAGCCACGAGGAGGCGCGCAGGAGGAGUGGGUCUCUGCAAGGGCCUGUGUUGCAAUACGGGCCCGGCGAUGGGGCUGAGCAUCUCCUGCGCCCGGGAAGCAGGGCGUCGGUGACUGCGGGAGGAAGCGGCAUGCAGUGGAGCAAUCCGUGGGACUCGCCCGCACGCAUCGCCGCAGGCGCAGGCUGGUCACCGCUACAGCAUCAACAGCCAGGCACUUUCGCAGCAGCGUCGAUGGACCAUCUCCCGCGCGUGCGAAGGGGAAGUGCCGCAAGCACUGCGAGCCCCGCUGUCAAGCUACCGCCUCGAAGGGGGAGCAGCUCGAUGGCUCAGGAUGCGCGACGUCGCCUGUCGUCGAUUCUUCGCCCUUCCACAUCGGCAUCGGGGACGGAGCGAAGGAUUCUUCCACACAACAUCUCGAGGCCCGUGAGCGUCGUAGGGUCGGCCAUCUCCCACGGCGGGGACAGGGACGAAGAUGAAAUGGCUUUCAUUCGGCCGCCCAGCGCUAUGAGUGCGCAUCGCCACCCGCAAGACGGCGGCGGCGGGGCCCUCUCCGCAAGCAAUGGCGUUUAUCGUCGCCCGUCGACUGCCUCAAGCACUAUGGCUAGCAGCAGGACUGCAGGCAUCCAACGCAGCCCGAUUGGCCCGCCCUCCGCCGCAGCGGUGAGCGAGUUAGCUUGGCAGGAGAGAAGGAGGCCAAGCACAUCGGACAAUGCGCGAGGAGUGCAAGUGCAGACGGGAGAGUUUGGGAGCUCGCCGCCCCACGAGGCUGGGCCGCAGAGGCCACUUCGCCCUGCUGCCAGUCCCAGUCCAAGUCCGUACGACCAGGCCUCCUCGCCGCCAGUAGCCUCAUCCGCGUCCGUCUACUCCCUCCCUACGUACAACAAGCGCCCCACAUUCGGACUGGACCUGCAGCCAGACGCGGCUGCUGCUUUCGACUCGAUCCCCAGCCCUGAGGUGGUGCGCAACGCGCCCGCUGCCGCGUCUGUGCGGAGCGCCGUUGCGCGUCUAGGAGUGGGGGCACGCGGCGGAGUGAGAAGCACGGUAGUCUCCGACUCUUCCAGCUCUUCCUCUCGACGCUCUCAUCUGCAGGAAGCUGCGAACGGGUAUCAUCAUCACCUCGCUACAGGAUUACCUUCACCUCAGAACUCUUCUUCGGCAGGGACGACCGCUGCGCCUACUAGUGCGAGCUUCAAGACGAAAAGCUUUGGGAGCAGUGUGCACAGGUCUGAGGGUGGGGAGAAUGAUGAUCAUGCAGAGGCGGGUGAAGAUGGGCAGGUGAAGGGGGAGGAAGAAGAAGAAGAAGCAGAUCUGACAGCGCGCGAAGCGUCGCUGCGUCGCCUCACUCUGAAUGAAGCGGUCGGGCUUCUUCCUCCCCCUCCCGCUCUACGUGACGGGUAUCGCGAGGAGCUGGAGAGCCCUCGUCCCCCUCUGGUGGAUACACCGCUCAGCCCCGGUCUUUUGCAGGACGAAUACGAGUACGAGCACGAGCACGGGGGGCUCGGCAGCGGCGGCAGCGGCGGGUUCGCUGCGAUGCAGGAUAACAGGUUGCCGCCAGCACUGCCGCCCAAGGACGCCAUCUGGACGGUGCGUAGCGAUGUGAGAGGGGAGCAGCAGGAUGUAGAGGAGCAGCAGGACGUUGUAGAGAUUCUCGUCUGAUUGCGGCGGCUGGCGUGUCUCCUUCUGCAAUGACCAUCCAUUGAGGCCAUCGUAGACGCUGCCUUGCAGUUUGGCCCGUUCCGUCGUGCGCCUCUUGCCGCCCUCGU